AUGGCGAACGGAUGCGAGAUUUGCUGUGAAAUAAUGAUCGCCAUUUUCAUCCCUCCACUCGGGGUUUGUCUAAGGCAUGGCUGCUGCACUACGGAGUUCAUGAUAUGUCUGAUCCUAACGCUUCUGGGAUACAUACCGGGCAUCAUCUACGCACUCUAUGCAAUCGUCUACGUUGAUCGUGAUCAAUUCUUCGACGAGUACCGUCGUCCACUCUUCUACGCUCACUCGCCUUGA